CACCAUAUCCUUCAUUUUCCAGAUGAGUGACGGUCCGCAAGGACAGAUUUCUGUCCGAUUCGUGGGUGAGGAUGGUAACGAACUGGGAGGAGCAGGCAUUCUAUUACCAACAUCGGUCACCAGCAAUCAGCUUCAGAUCCUUUGCAAUCAGCUGCUCGAAACUAGCGAUGACCCAGUACCAAUUUCUUUCUUUACUGAGGAUGGUGUGGAAAUCAUAAAUAGCAUUGAACAAAGUCUGGAAAAGAUAGACACAGAAAAGACAUUAUGCCUUGUCUAUCAACCUCAAGCUGUAUUUCGCGUACAGCCAGUAACACGAUGUUCCUCAAGUAUGCCUGGUCACGGAGAACCGGUCAUAACGGCUCAAUUCAGCCCUGAUGGACGAGGACUUGCCAGUGGAUCAGGUGACACGACAGUUCGAAUAUGGGAUAUUGACACGGAAUUGCCUUUGUUCACGUGCAAGGGCCACAAAAACUGGGUCCUAUGCAUUGCGUGGUCCCCGGAUGCGAGGAAGAUUGCAUCUGCAUGCAAAAAUGGACAGAUCAUGAUUUGGGACGCUGCAACUGGCACUCAAAUUGGAAAAUCUCUACAGCGACACAAGCAAUGGAUUACCUAUCUUGCCUGGGAACCUAUGCAUCAGGAUCCCAAAUGCAGGCUUCUUGCUAGCGCUGGAAAGGACGGCAAUAUUCUUAUCUGGGACACCAUCCAAGGAACCGUUGUGCGUGCACUAAGCGGGCAUACAGCGUGUGUGACUAGCAUACGAUGGGGAGGAGAAGGUCUUAUUUAUUCCGGUUCUCAGGACCGCACAGUCAAAGUAUGGCGUGCUAGCGAUGGGAUUAUCUGCCGCAAUCUUCUCGGUCAUGCGCAUUGGGUCAAUACACUGGCUCUAAACACAGAUUAUGCACUGCGAACAAGCUGUUUUGAUCCCAAAACCGGUUGUAGUAAACCAAAAGGGGAUGAAGAGUGUCGCGCAGUCGCUCAGAAAAGAUACGAAGACGCUCUCAGAGUUUGCGAAGAAGAGCGAUUAGUCAGUGGCUCGGACGAUUUCACGAUGUUUCUCUGGGUUCCAUCAAAAUCUAAAAAUGCGGUUGCACGGCUGACUGGCCACCAGCAACUUGUAAAUCAGGUCGUAUUUUCGCCCGACACUCGGUACAUUGCAUCUGCUUCAUUUGACAAAUCUGUGAAAUUAUGGUGUGGGAAGACUGGAAAAUUUAUUGCGUCGUUAAGAGGCCAUGUCAAUGCAGUCUAUCAAGUCGCUUGGUCGGCCGAUAGUCGAUUACUGGUGUCUGGGUCAGCCGAUUCAACUCUGAAAGUCUGGGAAAUUCGAAGCAGAAGGCUGCAUUAUGAUUUGCCUGGACACGGCGAUGAAGUGUAUACCGUUGAUUGGAGCCCGGAAGGCACGAAAGUUGUUAGUGGUGGUAAAGAUAAAGUGUUAAAACUUUGGCGGCAGUAAGCUGCGGGUGGAAACUCAUGAACAUGGAAAUUUCUACUUAUCAACGUCAAAAUCCAGAAAAGCGGGUAAUUACUGAACCAUAUGCUACGUACUAACGCUUGUUUUCUUUUAAAACUAGUUGCUCUGCUGUUGUUGUCUGUUUUUGUUGUUGAUUGCUUCAUCUUUGCUUUGUUGCUGGUGUUGAAAAUGAAACCAUUACUGCUGGAAUG